AUAUCAUCCAUGUUGUUGCUCUACCUUAUGAAUGUAAAGUUUCGGCCAACUCUUUUGACAAAUAUCAAGCAUUUUGUUUUAACAUUUCACAUCCAUACAGUGACUCCUACAGGUUAGAGUGCACAAUACAAAGACUGCAGCUGUUUACACCCAUAUGUACCACAGCAAGUCUUGUCCUGACUCAGGAAUGUUCCCUGUGUGUUUAUACAACCUUAAAGAACAGCCUUAUUUAGCUCACAUAGAAUUCAGGCCCUUAAAGCUAAGGUCAGUUCAUAAAAGUUUAUUUUGAUGUGGUCAACAACUGUAUGGGACAGAUUUCUUGAAUGAGAGCUAGAAAUCUUAUUAAGAUUAGACCUAAAAUCUCAUUUGUACCUUUCGGUACGGUCUCACGUCUCCAAACUUACCCCGUUCUCCCUCUAGGGUGGACUACCGUAUUAAAAUCAGGUUUUGUUUGCUAAAGGGAGAUUACACUUGAACAGUGAUACACACAUUGUUUAAAGGAUCUCUCUUGAAUAUGUAAUCAUGAACAAUCUGAUCCCCAUUCACGCCAUCAGGGAGUGUGUCACACACCUUGUUCUGUCUGUAUUUAAACUAGUAAGAACCCCGGGGGUCUCGUCUGUUUAGAUGCUAUACCAAAUAACGGAAGGUCAAGUAGAUUAAGAUAAUCAACAAGGCUUUCUGAAACAAAUGAAGAAAAAAAAGACAGACCCUUGAAGAGCAAUGGGAGUCCUGAUUUUCUCUCUCAUCAUUUAUUUAAAUCUUCCCAAGCCCAUUUUGUCCAUUAUCUUGCAUCUCAACUGUUCCAAUCCCAAUGAAACUCCAGGGAGCGAGAGAAUUAUGCACUCUCAAGGACACGGUUGCCAUGGAGAUUGUCACUACACGAUUAAUUUGUCCAAAAAAAAAAAAAAACAGUUAAAGAAGAUCUAGAAAUUUUCUUCACCAACAUGUCACCAACAUGAACACUCAACUGCAAGACUUCAUUGGAUGUGAUGCAGCAGGCAAUCAGAUCACGUUCAUGUGACAUUUGCAUCCCAUGUUAAGUGUUUCACUGAAACUUUUGUUCUGAUGUUUCUCCAUUUAUUUGUUUAUUUGUCCCGCGUGUCAUCUCAAUGCAGCCUAAAUGGGCUCGGCUGGCAUAUGUUGAAGCACAGGGUGAGCUAAAGAUGCCGUUUAAAGAUGCUCUCCCAACAAGAGAGGAGCAGCUUUCAACACUACGGAACACAGAGGAGUUUGAUGUCUUGGUGGUAGGCGGAGGAGCCACAGGCUCGGGAUGUGCCUUAGACGCUGUCACACGCAAUCUGAAGACCGCCCUGGUAGAACGGAGUGAUUUUUCAUCGGGCACCAGCAGCAGAAGCACCAAGCUCAUUCACGGCGGAGUCCGCUAUCUGCAGAAAGCCAUCAUGAAACUAGAUUAUGAGCAGUACAUGAUGGUGAAAGAGGCCCUUCAUGAACGUGCCAAUCUGCUGAACAUCGCUCCACACCUUUCUGCACCUUUACCUAUAAUGCUUCCUGUUUACAAGUGGUGGCAGCUGCCGUAUUACUGGGCCGGCAUUAAAAUGUACGACCUGGUUGCCGGAUCACAGUGUCUGAAGAGCAGCUACGUCCUGAGCAAGAGCAAAGCACUUGAGUUCUUCCCUAUGCUGAAGAAAGACAAACUCGUGGGAGCCAUUGUCUACUAUGAUGGACAACACAAUGACGCCCGUAUGAACCUGGCCAUCGCUCUUACAGCGGCCCGCCAUGGUGCUGCUAUUUCUAACUACACAGAGGUGGUUCAUCUGCUAAAGAAACCAGACCCAAAAACAGGCCAAGAAAAAGUUUGUGGUGCCCACUGCCGAGACCUAAUCACAGGGCAGGAGUUUGACAUUCGUGCCAAAUGUGUCAUUAACGCCACCGGCCCCUUCACUGACUCACUGCGCAAAAUGGACAACCAGAAAACUGCCAACAUCUGCCAGCCCAGUGCAGGAGUGCACAUUGUAAUCCCUGGAUAUUACAGCCCAGACAACAUGGGGCUGUUAGACCCUGCCACCAGUGAUGGCCGUGUCAUAUUCUUCCUGCCCUGGGAGAAGAUGACUAUCGCAGGCACGACAGAUACGCCCACUGAAGUCACAGCCCAUCCCCUCCCUAUGGAGGAUGACAUCAACUUUAUCCUGAGCGAAGUACGACAUUACCUCAGCCCUGACGUAGAAGUGCGACGAGGGGAUGUCCUGGCGGCCUGGAGUGGCAUUCGUCCGCUGGUCACCGACCCCAACUCCAAAGACACGCAGUCCAUCUGUCGUAACCACAUCGUCAACAUCAGCAACAGCGGACUCGUCACCAUUGCUGGUGGGAAGUGGACAACCUAUCGUUCUAUGGCUGAGGAGACCCUUGACGCAGCCAUAAAGGCUCAUAACCUCUCAGCUGCUCCCAGCAGGACGGUGGGUCUGAUGCUGGAUGGUGGGAAGGACUGGACCCCCACCCUGUACAUUCGCUUGGUUCAAGACUACGGCUUGGAAAACGAGGUUGCCCAGCACCUGGCAGCCACCUACGGAGGAAGAGCAUUUGAAGUGGCCAAAAUGGCCCAGGUGACAGGCAAGAGAUGGCCUAUAGUGGGGAAACGCCUUGUGUCUGAAUUUCCCUACAUAGAGAGUGAGGUGCAGUAUGCUAUAAAGGAGUACGCGUGUACAGCCAUCGAUGUGAUUGCUCGCCGAACACGACUGGGCUUUCUGAACGUGCAGGCUGCGGAAGAAGCUCUGCCACGUAUCGUUGAGAUCAUGGGCAAAGAACUGCAGUGGACUGAGCAAAAGAAGAAAGAAGAGCUGGAGGCAGCAAAGAAUUUCCUGUAUCUGGAGAUGGGUUAUAAAGCUCGCUCUGAUCAGCUCAGCAAGACAACAGAGAUCUCACUCACUGCUCAAGAGAUAGCAAGGUAUAAAAAGCGCUUUUACAAAUUUGAUAAGGAGAGUAAAGGCUUUAUCACAACAGUGGAUGUCCAGCAAGUGCUAGAGAAACUCAGCAUUCAGAUUGAUGAGAACGCCCUCCAUGAGAUCCUCAAUGAGGUGGACCUCAACAAAAACGGACAGGUGGAACUGGAUGAGUUCUUACAGCUCAUGAGUGCAGUCCAGAGAGGCCAAAUCUCUGACAGUCGUCUGGCUAUCCUGAUGAAGACUGCCGAGGAGGGGUUGGAUCUGAGAGGACCCGUCUCGGUUGACCGCAGCGGAGGCGGCGUUUGAAUCCCAACUACAAACCAAAACAUCCACCAGACAACGGCUCCUACCACAAAGUUGGAUAAACACCAAAAAGCGUUGUCCGCUGUGCCCACGCUGGUCGGAUCACAAGCACAUCCUCUCAAGUCAUUAACUCGCCCAACCAGCUGGCUGCCUUUGACUACAAUCUUUCUUUUUAAACUUUUGCUUUAGCAUGCCUUUUUAAUUAAAUUUAAAUGAAAAAUAUUAUUACAUCUUAAAAAUAUUUCAAAGCCUAUUCCAGAGUCUAUAUUUUUAAUCUAAUGCAUGCAGUGCCAUGUUGCUUGACCUGGUAAGCAUGAAUACAGUAGAUUGUCUCUUUAAUGUUUCUCUGAGCAGCUUUAAUCUGUGAGCUUUCUGUUGUGCCACUUUAAUGCAGAUUAUUUGCGACUGCAUACAAUGAGGUGAGAUGCAAGGGCUACUAGUGUCUUCUGAGGUAAAUAAUGCACUAUAUGUGAAUUUCACAGUUUUACACUGCACACUGCUUAAUUGUUACUGUGAGGUAUUAUUUUAAUCAUUUCAAAUCAUUUUUAAUUUUCUGAAAAACUAUUUAUUCAAAAUCUACAAUUUCCAUCAUACUUUUUAUAAAUCCUGUCUUGUUUUUUGUUCAUGUGAUUGUGUUGAAAGUAUUUGUACAGUAAUAGAGUGAUUGUAUUACUGUAUACAGAUCAGUUAUUUUAGUUUGUCUUAAACGGGUUGUAUACAGAGUUUUUAGACUUUGCAUUGGCAUCUGGUUCACUGGAAUUCCUUGCCUGUAAACGUAAUUGAUAAUGAAAUAAUAAGGGAAUAUUAUAACUGUAAACUUGAUGUAGAGCAUAGCAGGGAAUGUACUUAAUGUGCCUUGCUUCUUAAAGGGAUAGUUCACCCCAAAAUUAAAACUCUGUCAUCAUUUACUCACCCUCAUGUAGCUCCAAAGCUUUUACAGAAUGACUUACUUUCUUCUGCAGAUCAUAAAAGAAGAUAUUUUAAAGAAUGGUGGUAACCAACUAGUUUUAGUUACCAUCGUAUAGAAAACUAAAAAGAAACACUGAAAUAUUUCUCUAAAUAUUUUGACUGCGUUUUAGUGCCACGUUAAAAAAUAAGAAAAUCUAAGAUUAUGAGAUUAAAGUCGUAAUAUUUAGAGAAUAAAGUCGAAAUAUUAGGAUAAAAAAAUUGAAAUUACGAGAAUAAAGAUGAAAUAUUAUGAGAAUAAAGUUGAAAUUACGAGAAUAAAGUCGAAAUAUUAUGAGAAUAAAGUUAAAAAGUUUUGAGAAUGAGUCAAAAUAUUUAAAAAAUAAAGUCGAAGUUAUGAGAAUAAAGUUGAAAUGUUUUGAUAAUGAGUCGAAAUGUGUAAACCAAGUCGAAAUUACGAGAAUAAAGUCAAAAUGUUUUGAGAAUAAAGUCAAAAUUCUGAGAAUGAGUCAAAAUGUUUAAAAAUAAAGUCGAAAUUACAAGAAUAAAGUCAAAAUGUUUUGAGAAUAAAGUCAAAAUUUCGAGAAUGAGUCAAAAUGUUUAAAAAAUAAAGUCGAAAUUACAAGAAGUCGAAGUUAUGAGAAUAAAGUUGAAAUGUUUUGAUAAUGAGUCGAAAUGUGUAAACCAAGUCGAAAUUACGAGAAUAAAGUCAAAAUGUUUUGAGAAUAAAGUCAAAAUUUUGAGAAUGAGUCAAAAUGUUUAAAAAUAAAGUCGAAAUUACAAGAAUAAAGUCAAAAUGUUUUGAGAAUAAAGUCAAAAUUUCAAGAGUGAGUCAAAAUGUUUUGAGAAUGAGUCGAAAUGUUUAAAAAAUAAAGUCAAAAUUAUGAGAAUAAGGUUGAAAUGUUUUGAGAAUGAGUCGAAAUGUUUUAAGAAUAAAGUUGAAAUUUCGAGAAUGAGUUAAAAUGUUUCAAAAAUUUAAUCGAAAUGUUUCGAGAAUAAAGUCAAAAUUACAAAAAUUAAAUCAUGGCAAUUAAAGUUACAAUAUUUUGAGAGUAUAGUCUGCGUAUGCAAAUGGAUUGGAUUAGAGCACUGGGAGAAGUUGCCAGGUCACCUGAAUUUAUUUGUAUAUUUGCGGGAUUGUUAGCAGAAAUCACACCAUGUGUUAUACUUACAGGGACAGUAUGCCUGGAAAUAAUAUUUCACAUCUUUGAUUGCUUUCAUUAGGCCUAUUUGUAGUGCGCCAUCCACCCAAUAAUAGCAAUAAGCUUUGUGCUUUUGGUACUUUUAAUAUAAAACAAAGUCUCAGCUUUCAAAAUAUGUCAGUUUUAUAGCGAAAAACAAUGUGUUUACAUUGAUUGCAGUGAGACAUCCGUUUAAUUAAAUUAUACUGUUUUCUUUGUGAAAAUUCCACCACCUACUCCACAAAAACGUCUCUGGCAUCCAAUUUCCUCACAUACAAAUUUAUUCACAUGUAUUUAAUUAAAAACAAAAAUAAAACAUUCUAAAGGUUGAACAUUCUAAAACAUUUAUUAAACAUUCUAAAGGUUGAAGUGGACAACUCGUUAACAUAAGUUAUAUUGUUGUCCUUUCUGGGGUAUGUAAGUGACUAUUCACAAGCUAUUUUAUUCACAGAAUAAUGCAGUAAUUUUGGAAUACAAACUUUGGAAUAUCUCCCAGUGCUCCCAAUCCAGGCCAUUUGCAUGCGCAAAAGGCUAGAAUAUACUCUCAAAAUAUUAGAACAUUAAUUCUCGUGAUUGCUACGAAUUAAUUCUCACAUUUUUGACAUUAUUCUCAAAAUAUUUUGACUUUAUUCUCUAAACAUUUUGACUUUAUUCUCAAAACACUUAGACUUUAUUCUCGUAAUUUUGACUUUAUUCUAAAAACAUUUCGACUUUGCUCUCUUUUUUUUUUUUUUAUUAAGCACAAUAAAACAUAGAUAGACAGCAACAUGAUGACACAGACUGAGACCAGUCACAGAUAUAUACACAUAUAUACGCAAAUGAGACACAGAGGGGGAGAAAACUAAAUAAAACAAGGCAAAACAAGGCAAAACAAAGCAAAAAAAAAAAAAAAAAAAAAAAGAAAAUUACAAGAAGAUGGGAACAAAGAUGAGGAAAAGACAAAAAAACAAGCUGUAAAUGUAUGGAUGUGGUAGUUUACAUGGGUACAGAAAUAAGUCAAAUCAUUCGAUUUCUGUGUUGUUUAGUAAAAAGAUUUAACUAUAGACAUAACUGUACUAAAUAUUGAACAGGAAGCAAUUCAAUAUACAAUAGUAGUGAUAUUAUAAUACAAUGUUAAACAGCAAUCGAAGCAGUAGAUGUUAACCUCGGUAUAAUGACACAGAUCCAGGAUGCAGUAACAUCAAUGACAGAUGAUAUCCUACUUUUUACGUGACUGAGCAGAUAAUUAAGAGGAGCCCUAGUAGAAAUAUAAUAAUAUAAUGAAACCAGUAAUGGACACAGAGGUGGAAGCAGUGGGACUUUGCUCUCAUAAUUUUGCAUUUAUUGUCAAAAUAUUUUGAAUAUUCUCGUAAUUUCGACUUUAUUCUCAAAAUAUUAGACUCGACUUCAAUCUCGUAAUCUUAGAUUUUUUGUAUUUUUUAACGUGGCACUAAAAUGCCAUUGUAAAAUAUUAUCAUUUAUGUUCCACAGAAGAAAUAAAGUCAUACAGGUUUGGAACGAUAUGGUAAAUGAUACCACACUUCUUUGGGUGAACUAUAACUCUAAAAAGAUACUUAAUGAACUUUACAUGUCGAAACGCACAGUCCAACACACUAAAAGAGCACUGUCUUUUACUUGACAACUAUACGUAUUUAUGUGAUUUAACAUGCUUAUGUACUUUUAUAUUCAGUUUAUUUAUGUUCAUACACUCUAAGAAACUGCUUUUAAAUUGGAUGGUUUAAGCCUGAUUUAAGAGAAAUGUGUUUUGUACAAUGAGACUACUCUGAAUCUGUUUUGGCUGGUUAUCCUCAUGUAAUGACCUUGUUAGGUCCACCAUGAUAUAUUUAGUUUUUUUAAGCUAAAGAAGACCAUAGAGAUUGUCAUAGAUUUUUAAGGAUCAAUGUUGUUUGUCAGGUUUGGAUGAAUAAGAGCAAAAGCAGUUAAAUUUAUUGUUUGUCCCGACAGGAUGUAAUUUCAGCCUGAUCCUGAUUGAAAGAAAUUCAUAUUGUGUGAAAAAAAAUGUAUCGUAAAUUAAUCUGCAAAGCCUGAGAAACACAGUUCUGUAAUUAAAUGUAUCUGGUUGCCUUCUG